UGCUCUGCCAACCUGGGCAUCCCAGGAUACAGAGUGACAGAGACAUCCGGCAUCGGUACCUUCGGCAAUAGGACCUGAGGGAGCAUUGCCGAUUGCUACACUGUUCCUUUUACAGCGUCUGUUGCGGAUCAUUUGUCUGGAAAUCGUGUACGAAGGAGUGGCGACAUAGCAUUGGGAUGUCAAGGUGUCUCUAAGUGAAUGCGACAAAUAACUCUGAACAUACCUACAUCCGCGAAUCUAGCAGUCAUCACCAUACUUCCACUCGAAACACCUCUGCAUUUUCACCUUCGCCUAAUACUAUUCCGCGUCUCACUAUCCGCUACCUUCACCACUGGCAUGUCCGCGCGCCCAGUUACCCGCAGCGCCGCUCGCGCAUCUAUCAGACGGGAGAGGACUCCGGAGGAUCAGCUCCAAGACGAGCUCCGAGACGGGCUCCUCGGCUCCCAGGGAAUGAACAGCUUGCGCGAUAGGGCUCAAGCGCGUCCUAGUCAGGAUGAAACCCCACGAAUGGAGACCCCACGAAUGGAGACCCCACUCGACCCGGCCGUUGAGGAACCGUCGAGCAGUUUCUUGUGGCGGUCCUUUCAGACCGUCGAGCAGCCGCUGGGACGAAACCUUUGGGCGGCUGUCGACGCCAUCGAGCGUCGUGCUAGUCGUCAACGCUGGAUAUCCAGACUCUACGCUGUAGUGCCCGUUAUAAUCAGCAUGCUCGUGUUCCUCGUUUUCGUACACUCCCUCCCUCCCCCGUCCUCGAUAGCCUCCUCUCUUCCGUCCCCUUCUCUACCCUCUGGCCUCUUCUCCUUCUCCUUAUGGGUACCCUUCAAACUCGGCGGCUCGCCAUCGCAAGACCGCAAUCGCCAAAACGGCCUCCCCGAUCCUACGCGGAGGCGCCUCGAUGAACUCCAAGCUCGGGUCGACAACAUCGAGCAACAUAACGGGCAUCUCGACGUUGCUAGCAAAAAAGUGGAUUUUCUUUCCUUGAAUCUAGGGGCCCGCGUCGACGAUGAACUCUCGUCGCAAACACAAGCGCGGCCGGGCCCGCCGAUCAGGCCCUCCUUCCGCACCCUCCUCUUCGGUCCUCCCCACAUACGAGCCAAUGCUCCCGCCUCGGCUCUGUUCUACUGGUUCGAGCAGGGCGACUGCUGGUGUUCCAGCCUGGACAUGCAUCCCGAACCAAUGGCACAACUGGCAAUUUCCCCUAUCGUUCCCUUCUACGCUUCCUCCGUGACCAUCGAGCAUGUGCCUCGCUCUGGUUCCUUGGACCCCACCUCCGCGCCCAAAGAUCUCGAGUUCUGGAUCCGCGUCCCUGACCAGCACAAGUGGUCCGAGUUGACACGUGCACACGCUGCUCUCGUCGCCUCCGCUCCUAUCGAUCACAAAUGUUCGAGCGUCGCCCCAGAGGGAAACGACGCGAAGGAUUCGGAAUUCGUUUGCGUGGGCCGUGCCAGGUACAAUGUGAUGGCGGAGCAGUACGUCCAGCAUUUCCAGUUGCCGCUCGCGGAGGAGAUCCGACGGCUUAAAAUCGAAACGAGCAAAGUCGUGAUACGCGCAACGAGUAACUGGGGCCAGAAAUGGACGUGCAUGUAUCGUGUGCGAAUGCACGGGCAACCAAUGGAGGGCCUCCCCAUGGGGAGGUACCCCAUGCCUAUGGUAUGAACCAUUGCUGUGGCUCCCGGUGGUUCCUCUAUUAUAUCGGCAUGUCAGGACGCGGCAUGCACGAAAGCGAUACCUCUUUUUGUGACGCGUAUACCGUCUAGUGGGAUUUGGGGAUUUGGUUUCGUUCAGUGCAUCGCUGGGGACGCGGUAUGACGCUAUGUCAUCUAUGUCAUGUGGGGAUGACCACCGGUAGUACGACUUGAAAGUCGGACUUUUCAGUCGGGAACCGAGUCUAGAUUAAAGGGGCUUCGGUCUGGUUCUUAGUCGGUCAUAUUUUCAGGGCUAUGGAGAUGCAGCUGGCAAACAUCCGAUUUCCCAG